AUGUUACCGAGUCCAGUAAACAAGUCCUGUUUAGAACAUGUUUUGAGGUUCAUAUGGGAAUCAAAGAAACAUGUUUUGUAUGUGGGUGGUGGUUGUUUGAAUUCAAGUGAUGAGCUUCGUCCGUUUGUUGAGCUUACUAGGAUUAUAGUCGCAAGUACUUUAAUGGGACUUGGAUCAUUCCCAGGUUCUGACGAUCUAUCGCUUCAAAUGCUCGGUUCGUAUGGUAAUUAUUAUGCAAAUUAUGUUGUUGAUAAAAGCGACUUAUUGCUCGCGUUUGGGGUUAGGUUUGAUGAUCAUGUAAUAGGAAAGGUCGAAGCUUUUGCUAGCAGAGCAAAAAUCGUCCAUAUCGACAUCGAUCCUGCAGAAUUAGGGAAGAAUAAGCAACCCAAUUUAUCAAUUUGUGGGGAUAUCAAGCUCAUUUUACAGGGACUCAACACGAUAUUGGAGGACAAAUAUGAAAAAAGAAAUCUUGAUCUUGAUUUCUCUUCAUGGAUCCACGAACUAAAUGAGCAAAAAACGAGUCACCCAUUGACGUUUGAAACAUUUGGCGAUGUAAUUCCCCCUCAGUAUGCAAUCCAACUUCUAGAAGAGUUAAUAGGAGGUAAUGCGAUCAUAACUACUGGUGUAGGGCAACAUCAGAUGUGGGCUGCCCAGUUUUACAAGUACGAUAAACCUCGACAAUGGCUAACCUCCGGUGGGCAAGGGGCUAUGUGA